CGGAGCGGGCGGCUGCGGGACGCGGACGCAGAUGAAAAGAAGUGACGAAUUGACAUCUGAAAGUCACAAUCCACAAGAAACAAGUAUUCUUCGUUGUUGGAAAUGUAGAAACUGUAUAGCAACUUCUGGUUGCUUCAUGAAUUAUCUUGAGAACCAAGUGAUUACGGAGAGACAUUCACUGGAUGCCCAGCGAGGCUGUUGUGUGUGGCACAUGAACACAGAAGCCCUUCCAGAAUGGAUAAUCUGCCUGCUACAAAGAGCCCAGUGGACAGUUGGAAAACUGAAUUGCCCUUUCUGUGGGGCUCGCUUAGGGGGCUUUAAUUUUGUCAGCGCUCCAAAAUGUUCCUGCGGCCAGCUUGCAGCUGUCCAUCUCUCUAAGAGCCGGACCGAUUACCAGCCAGCACAGGCAGACGGACUAAUGAGACCAUCGCUGAAAUUUAUGUCACAUCCCAGAGUUCAGUCAGUUUGUGACAAGAAAAUUCUGCCGACAGGUGGUAGCUCCAAAACCAGAAACCACAAGCUUUUAAAUAUGGCCCAGAAUAAUAAUGGUCUUGGAAGAUUAACAGACGCACUCUGCCUGGAGGUACGAGCCACAUACUUUGAGUUGAAGAAUGAGAAACUGCUCUUCAAAACGUCAGAUCCCAAAUACCAGUUUUUUGUUCCCCAGCUGGUGACUGGCAGAUGCACAAGAGCAUUUCAUAGAAAAUCACAUAGUUUAGAUCUGAAUGUCAGUGAGAAACGGACUUUAUUACCCACUUUGUACCAAAUACAUAGUAAGAUUACUGCCUACCCUAGGCUAAAUGAAACACCGCCCAUCGACCUUUCAGGACUGCCUUUACAGUCUAGUAAAAAUAGCUGUUCUUUUCAGAAUCCAUCCAGUUUUGAUCCUAAUAUGCUGCUUCAAAGGUUUUCAGUGGCUCCCCGUGAGACCCAGACACAAAGAGGAGAAUUUCAGUGUGGACUGGAAGCUUCUUCAGUGUACUCUGAUCAUGCUGCUAAUACCAGCAACCUGACUUUUGUCAUGGAUCUGCCCUCCACUGGGAGGAGCAUGCUGGAGGCCUCGGAGCAAGAAGAACAGCUGUCUCCUCUGGACUUCCUGCAUUCCGCCAGUUUUUCACUGGGCACCAUUAAUCAAAGGCUGAAUAAGAGAGAAAGAAGCAAGUUGAGGACUCUCCGAAGGAAGCAACGGAGGCAUGAAAGAUGGCUACAGAAGCAGACCUUGAAUAAUGAGAUGAGUACAGAUGAUGACAAUGAAUAUGCAGAAGAAAAGGAUGGCUACAUCUGUGCCGUGUGCCUGGAUGUGUACUUCAACCCUUACAUGUGUUACCCUUGCCACCACAUCUUCUGCGAGCCCUGCCUACGGACCCUGGCCAAAGACAACCCAGCACACACUCCCUGCCCACUGUGUAGGACAAUUAUUUCUAGAGUCUUUUUCCAGACAGAACUGAACAAUGCCACGAAAACAUUCUUUACUAAGGAAUAUUUGAAAAUAAAACAAAGCUUCCAGAAAUCCAGCACUGCAAAAUGGCCCCUUCCAAGCUGCAAAAAAAGAUUCCACCUUUUUGGGGGUUUCCAUAGACGUGCUGCUCCGGUUACACGGAGGCAAUUCCCACAUGGUGCACACAGGAUGGACUAUCUGCACUUUGAGGAUGACAGCCGUGGAUGGUGGUUUGACAUGGAUAUGGUGAUCAUCUAUAUUUACUCAGUGAACUGGGUCAUUGGAUUCGUUGUUUUCUGCUUUCUUUGCUAUUUUUUCUUUCCGUUUUAGGAAUUGUCAUAUCUUACUACAAUUGAACAAUCAUAAAUGGUGUAAAUAACAAUUGGUUAAACAUUUUUAAAUGUGUUUUGAAGGUUUUAUAAUGUUGUUAUUUGCGACAAUUUAUAUGGUUGUUGGCAUUUAUAGGAAGCCUUGGAAUAAUGGAUUUAUUUAUUAAUGUUUUUCAUGUAACAAACUAAACUUUAUGCAAGAAUUAAUGUAGUCAGCAUUUAGCAACAAUGACCUAUUAAUUUUAUACUUCUUGGUUUGGGAUUUGGGGCUCUUAUUUUACAAGGUCACUUUUAUACUUAUUUUGAUUGUAAAAGGCUGCAAUUUUCCUUCCACUUAAACUUAGUGAAAGUAUAAAGUGAAAUGAUAAUCUGGGUAGGUAGUAUCUUUAUUGAUAAGCUAGUCAAUCACUACUUAGGCAAAGGAUAUGCAUUAAAGAUUAAUUAUGUUCUCUGGGAACUAAUCUAGCAGGGUAUAUUGCUUAGGUUUCCAAUUAUCUAUACUUAUAUCCCUUAUUAUUAUAAAAAAAAACUGAGUGUCCUUUUUGUACAGACUUAAAAAUAGCUCAGUGCAACAGUAUAACAAAUAGAAUGAAACUAACCCCUAACAACAGAUGCUUUAGAGAGCCAUAUUAACCCUUCCAAUUUCAGGAUGAAUCACUUAAAGAAACAAAAAAUAAGUACCUGAUUUUAGUCAUCUAAAUGAGCAAUGCAUGCCCAAACUGUAAUUAGUGAUUCACUUAAAUAGAAAUACUGUCAAGUAUAUUGUAAAUGUGCAAUAAAGGGUGUUUUUUAAAUUUUU